CGCUAACAAAAAAUAUGAACAAAGAAGAUUUAACGAAAUGUUCCAUUUGUUUCGAGCAAUUCAAAACACCACGCUAUUUACCUUGCUUGCACAUGUUUUGCCAGGAAUGCUUGUCAUCCCAUAUUUUGUCCGAAUGCCAAGCUAAGGAAAACGCUGUAGGAUUUGAUUGUCCAUUAUGUCGAAAAUUUGUGCCUUCUCCAAGUUUGGCUUUAAAUUUUCGUGAAUGGUGUGAAAAUUUGCCAAAGAAUGUGUUGAUGGAUAAAUUUUCCAGAUGGAUUGAAAGUGGGAAAAUAUGUGAAGCAUGUCAACGAUACAGCGAGGAGGAGGAAGCAAGCAACUAUUGUUUGGACUGUUCCGAAGCUAUCUGUGAAAUCUGUACAAAAUGUCAUCGUAAAAAUCGCGCUACUCAGGACCACAAAAUCUUUCCUUUAGAUGAGAUGAAGGGUAUGCAUGGUCAGGAGAUAUUAAAAAUGCCUCCAGAUAUAACGUGCUCUAAACACAAAUAUCGACCCAUAGAAUUAUAUUGUAAUGAUCACGAGGAGCCAUGUUGUGCUAUGUGUUGCUGUACUGACCAUAGAAAAUGCGAAAGCGUGGAAACUGUUGAACAGAAAACAGAAAAAAUCAGAAACAAUGGUUCAACUGAUAUUUUAUUGCAAGAUCUCAAGAAGUUUGAAGUAAAACUUUCCGAGACAAAAGUUAAACAGGAAAAAAAUAUCACCGAAAUAGAGGAUAAUACUGAUAAGAUGACAGAGGAAAUUCAAAAUUUGAAAGGAAGAAUUAUUCAGCAUGUUGAGAAACUUGAAUGUGAAUAUUUGGACGAAAUGUCAAAACUUGCAAAACAGUGUAAAGAAAAACUGACAAGAGAUGUCCAGGCGGUGGGGGAUAGAAUUAAUUUAAUGAAGCAUUGUAUCACAGAUUUAGAGAGAGGUAAAGGUUUACAUGGUAUUAGCUUUUUGACAGAGUACCUUAAAGCGGAAAAAACACUAAGCUAUGUCAAGAAAAGCAAAUUAAAGAUAUCUGACUUCACAAUUCAGGCAGGUGUUGAUGCUGGAUUCAAAGCUAUCACAAAGCUUUCAAAAAUUGGAGAGAUAUCCAUUGGUGAAACAGAAGAAAAUUUAGAAAGUACAUUUGAUGUUAAGAAUCUCAAACUGGAGUUAUGUCAGGAAAUAAAAGUACCUGGCGGUGAUGCCAGAAGUUUGAUGUUACUUUCUGUCAGUGAAAUGUUAAUCCCAAACUUGAACAAUGCAAAUAUUUUGAAGUACUACAGAAACAACGCGACAUGGAAUCUUCAACAAGAAGUACAAUUUGGAUACAAAACAUUUGACAUCAAGCGGAAAAAUAAUGUUCUUUUUGUAUCCUGUCCUCACAGUAAUGUGAUAGAAGUUAUCUCUGUCAAUUGUUUUCAAAAAAUACGCACAAUCCUCGUUGGUGUUUCAUGUAAGGGACUUUCAGUAUGGGAUAAUUUUCUGUAUGUAGCGUGUUACGAUUCUAUUAUCAAAAUGGACACGGAUGGAAAUAAGUUAAAAACCUUUUCAACCGAAAGUGGUGUUCUCUACGUCGCUAUCACGAAGAAAGAACAUAUCGUGUACAGUAAUUAUCUUAAAUCACAAGUUACUGCCAUAACGAAUGAAGGCACUAGGCUCUGGUUAUACAGUCAUCCUUCACUAAAGUUUUCAUAUGGCCUUCACAUAGACUGUGAUGAUAUUAUUUAUGUGGCAGGGACAGAGAGUGACAAUGUCCAUUUAUUAUCAAAUGAUGGAUCUCUUCUGAGGAUUAUUGAAAAUAUGCCACAGCCUGUGUAUGUUAUUCUUAAUAAUGAGAGAAAUAUUUGUUGUGUUGAAUCAAGACUAAACGGUGCAUGGAAAACACACAUUAAGAUUUAUUCAAUAACAUAGUUCUUAGACUUUGUCCUAUGCUAAAUAAAUCAUUAUAAAAAAUAAAUUGAUUUUGUUUCCAUGUGAAAUGAAAAUUAUA